GAGAUGAAUCUUUUAAGCCUAGUUAGUUCAUAAUUGAAUAAUAUUUACCACAAAUAAACGAAAGUGCUACGGUGACCAAAACUUUUUGUUUCCAAGACCUGCAUUUUGCAUUCCAUAUUCCAUAUAUCCAUAAUCCAUCCAAACUGUCAAGAAGCCGUGCAUCGCCCAAAACCCUAUAAACCAUAUCUCCCAUCUCUCUGGCUCGCUCAUCUAGCAGAGCAGCAGACGUCCCCUGUCUUCUUCCUUCGAAAAUUCCAAUCCCCUCUCCUCCCUUCUCUCACAGUCGGCCAGUCCCAAAGCUCGGAGCUCCAAAGCUGGCAUUGGCAUUGCGGCAAUGGCGAGGCCACCCCCCACAAUGGUGAUCCAGGACGACUACAUCGACAUGGACCUGACCCCAUCGGUGCCGCCGCCAUCCUCGCCACGCUUCGAGUUCCAGAGCGCCGGGGCUGCCGGUGCCGACGCCAGGCACAGGGAGGCGGCGUUCGCGUCCCCGGCGGACGAGCUGUUCUACAAGGGCAACCUGCUGCCGCUCCACCUGCCGCCAAGGCUGCAGCUCGUGCAGAGGCUCCUCCAGGACCAGGAGCAGCCGCCGCCGCUGCGAGGGGCGAAGCGGGACGCGGAGUCGGAUCCCGCGGCGGCGACAGAGAGUGGGGACUCCGACGCCGACGCUGCCGCCGCGGCUGCCGGCGGCAAGGCGUGCGCAGCCAAGACGAAGCCGUCUUGGGCCAAGAAGCUCAAGGUGGUGAAGCGGUGGGCGUCGAGGGAGUACAUCCGGUCGCUGUUCCUGGCCAGGCCGCCGUUGCCGAGCGACAUCGUCGCCGGCGUCGGCGCCGGCGCCGGCGCCAGCGCCAGUGGGCACGGCAUCGGCAGCGUGAGCGCGAGGGGGAGCGUCCUGGAGCAGGAGGAGGCGUGCCAGUGCCACCACCGCAAGUCCUUCUCCGGCAUCAUCCGGAGAGUGCGCCUCGUGGCGACCAGCAACAAGGUGCCCGGGACCUCGCCGCUCUGCUCCUCGUCUUCGUCCUCCUCGUCGUCGACGCCGUCGUGCGGCAACGCCAACGGCUUCUUCUUCCGGACGGCGGCAGCUUCGGCGGGGACAGCGACGCCGGCGCUGAAGCGGAGCAGCAGCGCGGGGUCGUCCGAGGAAGGCGCCAUCCAGGGCGCCAUCGCGCACUGCAAGCGCUCCCAGCUGCUGCAGCCUGGGAUGGUGGUCUCGUCGGCGGCGGCGGCGCGGAGGAGCGUCAGCGACGUCAUGUUCUACUCGGUGACCAACACGCCCAGAGCCUCCUCCGUGGCCGCCGGCGAGGUGGCGCAGGAGAGGCGGCAGGAGAUGUGCAGGGGUUGAUGCCAUGGCUCGUGCCAUGCCACCCCAUGGAUCAUCAAAGCAACAUUCUUUUGUUUCAUUUUUGGUUUCUUUUGCCUGUGAAGAUGAUGAGCAAUGUGCUGUGGAUUGCUCCUGUGAUGAUGAGGACGCAAUGCAAUGUGCUGUGAUUGUUUCCCCAGUUCCCUUGAUUCUUUGUCAUCUUCUCCGAUCGAGCCAAGGAUUUUCUCACUUGAGCUGUUCAUUCAUCUUUUCCCCAGCUGCAGCUCAUCCUCUGUUGCAUUCUUCUCCCAUCUCCAUCUCUCAAAGGCUCUGCUGGUGCUAGUGCUCUCCAUUGUUGGGGGAGGUAGGGCAGGGUAGGGCAGGUGCCAGAGUAAAUGGUGCAAGGGUGGCACUGACUUGGUGGCAGAUUUGAUUCCGCACCCAAGUACACGCAGCUUGACCAUACUCCUCUGUACAAAUCAGUCUACUCCUAUUUGUUGUACUCUAGUUGUAGUCAAUGGGAUCCAGUGCUUGCACCUACCCCUGUACUGUAUUAGUACUCGGUAGAUACAGACAGUGUACGUAGAGGUAGAGCACUCCAGUACAGACAGGUCUCCAGCUUAAGCAAAAGCAGAGCUCUCUGCAAUCUGCAUCUACCUCGCCGCUCCCUUGGCUUCGAAACAAAGCUUAUAGCUUUGGAACAGUCGUCUCGUCUGCUCCAUGAAAAAUGCUUGGUCUUUUGCCAACAUGAAGCUUUUAAGGAAGAAAGAAACCCUUGGCGAGCAAGAUUACGACGGCCCCAUCGUAUGGAUCAUCCAAAUGAUGCGUCUGCAAACGAACAGAUCAGCAAAAGCAAAGCAGUGUUAGGCAAAUCUGGAAUAAGAUUAGGAAUGUAGUUCUGGCAUAGUGGCAUCUGUAUUUUUCUCUUUUUUUUUCUUUGUGAUGAAAAAGCCAAACCAUUUGAAUGUU